GCGAUGGGUUUCCUCGUCACCUUGGACGCGGUCCGUCAGCUCUAGAAGAUGACGUGUAUGAUGUUUUACUUGCUAUGUUAGCUGGGAUAUCUAGCGUACCAUCUUCACGGUCUGAGCAUGCCAAGUCUACGACAAGAGAUUGAAUCUUUUGCAAAGCGGGUUGUCUAUGCCAAAGCCAGAACCGCCAGGGGGAUAGCAGUCGUGCCUGACCCGCCACCACACAUGGCAUUCAUUGGAAAUCCAGGAACAGGAAAGACCACUAUAGCACGAAUAAUGGCCGAGAUUCUGCAUUUUCUUGAGUUAACGAGGUCGUCCAAGCUAACGGAGGUGCAGAGGUCAGACUUAAUAGGUCAGUACGUAGGGCAAACGGAAAAAGUGACAAGAUCAGUUAUUGAAAAGAGCAAGGGUGGCGUUUUGUUUGUCGACGAAGCCUACAGACUAACUCCAAGAGACAGCACAAAAUAUUACGGACAGUGUGCUGUAGAAGAACUGAUGAAAGAGAUGGAGAUUCACGAUCCUGUCAUGAUCUUCGCCGGCUAUCCUAAAGAGAUGAAACAAUUUUUUGAUUCCAAUGCAGGUCUUUACAGGCGUAUUCCGUUGGUCCUAAACUUUCCCGACUACUCUAGGGAAGAGCUGGGAAAGAUCUUGCAAUCCGUACUGAUCCAGAACCAAUAUCACGUCGAUGACGACUCAUCAAUUGAAGAGGCAAUCGGCCAGCUACAAGACCAACAGAUUGCCUGCAUGAAUGCAGGCAUAUGCCAACUAAUAUUUCAAAAGGCCAGAGACAGUCUGAUAAACAGAUUGGACCCUCUUGAUUUUAUGUCGGCCGACCUAAACAUUUUUUCAAAAAAUGAUGUCAUAACUGCCGCCAGGUCAUUGCCUACAAUUCCUGUUGGACGUCUCUAGAUGGGAAGACUGACUCAAUAUACUUUUAUGUUUUAACUUAACAGAUGUAUCAAAGUAGAUAAUGAGUAGUUAUUUACAGCUACAAUAGCAUAUAGUGCACAAGUUUUAUUUGAAAUAGUGCACCAUUAAUUAACUGGUUUUGAGACUAGACAGAGUUUUCGUUGAAUUAUAUAGGCUAUAAAUAAACAUUGGAUAAACAAACAAUAAAUGUUUUUGCAAAGUUACUGUUGAUGUAAUUCAAAUAAUUGUUGUGA